AUGAAUGCGCAAAAGGGAACCGAGAGGCUCGCUUCAGUCGAGGAGAGGCAUUCUGAUAGUCCUCAUACCCCAGAAACCUUGGCUGGCGAGCUGCUCAACCAGCCGGCCGUUGACCGUUUCAAAGAGCUCGUCGUCGCUUGGAGAACACCACGCAACCAGAAGUUCUCUUGCCUCGACGUUGAUGAACCAGAUCCGACCAAGGCGACUGCCGCAUAUUUCAAGCUCAGUCUUCACCACGAGUCCUCGUCAGCUCUUCAAGCCCUGUUUUCCUUGGUAGCCCUUAUCCAAGCAAACAAACGGUUAGAUGAGCUGAAGCCAGCUGAGAGCAAGUACAGACCUCGAUCUGCACUCAAAAAAGCUUACGAACAGCUUGACAGCAAAGUAAAAUACAAGACUUUCCGCAACCGCCUAUCUGCAGCCAGAUCACUCGAUGAACAGCUGAGGGGACUCGUCGUCUUCCUUCCAUUCAAAUCCUAUGAGCAGAGAGGCUAUGGGAACAAGUUGGUGGUACGAAAAGAGGUCAAGGCUCCUCGGCAGAGGAACAAUAUUGACUGCGGAGUCUACGUGCUGGCGUUCGCCGACAAGAUCUUGGAGGAUACUCAUAAGUUUGUCACAGCAGUCAACCUUGGAGAAGAUCUCGACUGGGAAGUUGAUGCAGCAAAACUUCGGAAUAAAAUAAAAAUCUUCCUUAGCACGGCUUCCAAUAAUGCUAGGAGCGGCAGGAUCGCAAGUGAUAGCGACUGUGAUAUGGAGGACGUUGUGACUGAGGCCGUCGAAAUCUACGCCACUAUGGAUGACAAUGAGAAGAAAACGUCUGAUAGAUCAACUAUUGUCGCCCCUUCGACUUCACCCAAGUCAAGAGCACCUGAUGGCCCUGCCUCCGCGAGGCUAUCAUCUGCCGUUUCGUCCCCAAGCUAUACGAUUUCGCGGGUGCCGUCUGAAUCAUUGGGGCCGGAUGUGGAUAACGCGACCGAAAAGACUCCUGCCGUAAUCGCCGGCACCAGGAUUACAGGCGCUGAAUGUCCCGCCGGUCCGACGCUGGAAACAAAGUCGUGCGACCCGACCGAGUCGACGGGAUUCUCGCAACCAUCGUCGCCGGCCUCUGCUCAAUCAUCACCAUCGCACAUCGACACCUUGGGAAACAAACGUGCCAUGUCCCACGAUUCGUCACCGAGGAAGAGAGCGAGCCCUAUUGACGGAGAUGUUGCCAGCGUCUUGGCUACACCGCUUCGCCCUGUAUCACCAGCAUCAAUAACUGUUGGUGACGAGGACGACGGCGACAAGAUUAAUGAGAAUGGCGAUCAGGAGGGCGAGGUCGACGCCUACACUGAAACCAAUUUCUCGACUGUCGGCCUUUCAGGGCCGCCCAUCUCGUGGAAGCGGAAGGCUGAAUAUGGAGAUCCCCUGCAGUCGGACCUUGUUCUGAUACCUAUCUACGAAAAUGAUCACUGGUACCUCUUGGUCAUGUAUAAGUCGGACAUUGGAGAUAGGGCGCAAAAGGAUCGAGUAGUCUGUUUUCUCGACCCUUUAGAGUCAACCUCACGGUCCUAUGAACGUACUUUUACAUAUUGGACGUGGUACCUCAGCGAUCUCGGUUAUCAAGGAGCUGUGCACCGAAAACAGAUCACGUUUCCCCAACAGCUCAACUUUGUUGACUGCGGAGUCUUCAGCAUUGCAUUCGCCUACCAGAUUGCUGAGAAUCGUCAGAGGUUUGUCAAUGCUGUCGAGAGCGGGACAGGUCUAGACUGGACCAUCGACGCACCCAAGUGGCGUAUAUAUAUACGGUCUGAGCUAGAGCCCACCUACGACGACAGUUCCGCUACUCUAUAUUACAAACCUAAAAAUACCAGGGAGGGCAAUGACAAUGCCCGCAUAGAGGUGGUUUCGGCCUGCCAUGCCUUAAAGGCUCUGCCGAAAGCUUCGAAGCAAGCCCUGCCGUUAGCGACAAUUGCGUCUUCCGUGGACGCCGCUGUGGAUCCAGACCUCGUGAUGGGCCAUAACAUGACUAUGGCCAGUGUGCUUGCUGCUUCAUCCCCCCUGAAUCACCAUCAUUGCUAA